UGUGGCCUCUGCUCGGUGCUGGUUGACAUUUUGGCACUGUUUAAGGCCGGACUAAUUCUAUGGCUGCAUAAGGAUAGCCUACACAUGUCUUUCACACUGAAUCGUCUCCAUCGACCGCUAAUAAAUAUUUAGUUCCUUGAAGCUUUAGUGCAUCUGUGCCUUGACAGCUGUCAGUUGUCAGCAAAUCUGACACAGCCGGAAGUUCUCUUCUACACCGCCUUUACGUUCUUACUUUACUGUCAACAGCUCUCUUUGGCCAGCCAUGACAGCACCUGGUAUGAGACCCUCUGCAGUAGCUCAUCUUGGCUCUUCGAAAAUUAUAAUGCUCUGUCAAUAUUAUAUUUUGGUUUGCAAACGCACGCUUUGUAUUCUUGA